AUCGUAGAUAGUGUUGUAACGUCGGUCUGUAAGGAGCGGCCCGAACGCUUUACUAUUUUUCUUUCGCUUCAUUUUCCUUUCCAACUCGCAAUGUAAACACAACGUGUUCGUCUUGAUAAAGUUGUGUGUAUGAUCAAAUUCUCAUAGAUUCACCCGAUUUCCACGCACGUUUUUGUUUUCUCCUCAAUUGUACCGGGUUUCUUAUCAUUUGAAUUUCGCGCGCUUCGCACGGUGCGCGAGUGAACUAAAUGAAUAACCGUACGUACUAUUCGUAAUAAUCGUGUUUUUAUUUUUAUUCCACUGUGUUAUUCGGUCUACGUCACCUCAAAUCCAUGGAUUUACUCUUUUGAAUUGUACUCGUUCGUGAUUUGACGGCUUUUUGUUUUAUGCUGCAAUUGAUUUUGUGAGUGAAGUGUUUUGUUAUUCGCCUGUCACGAGUGGACCUUUCUCAACUUCCAAACCGACUAUCCCAGUGACCCCCCGAGCUCUCUGCAGACUUAACCCCCUGUCCCUCUUCUCUACCUGUUUCUUUCUCUUUCUCUUUCUUUGUAAACGCGCUCGUGCUGUGUCGGAUUGAAAUAUCGGCGGACCCGUGGGAAAGGGAGCAACAACGGCUAUCCCCGGAGCCUGUGCGAUUAUCCGAAAAGAAGCUGAGUAUAAAGCCGCGUUGCGGUGAUGUGGAUUUCUCGGCGAACAACGAGCAGAAAUCAACUUUCCAGUCGUCGACGAAACUCAUGAAAAAUGAUCGAGAGGCGUACUGCCGGAGAGCGUCCUUAGGAUAUCAGCGAAACAUCGCGGGAGGGGGGUGCCCGCGGAGGGGGCGGAGGCUCGAAGUAAAGAAAAGCGAGAUUCUCGAGAGAAACAAGAAAAAAUAUCAGCCGCGCGACAAUAAGAGCACAGCUGGGAAAACUCGAAAUGGGAAACAGCGGCAGCAACAACUCGGCGUCUCAUCAACAGCAAUGCGCGCCGGGCAACCAAGAGAUGGGACGCGGAUGGACCCACUCCUUUCCCCGGGAACACACGAGGCAUCACUCUCAACCCCCCGGGCACAAAGUUCUACCGGAGCCGCCCAAUCAGCGUCUGCGAGCUACCAAUAAUGGAAGUAUCAUUCACAACGGCGGGACCAUAAGUGGCCGCAGGCCAUCCGCUUUGACUCUGCCGCACGAUCUCAACAAGGGAGGAGUGUACAGAAGCCGAAGUACAUCAGCCUCAAACUUGGGUCCGCGUUCCCGGAGCAGUGAUCAAAAUCAGCACAAUUGCUGUCUCUAUCGGUCUCAGGAAGGUCGAUGUCGGGAGCACGAAAUGAUGGAGCUUAAGAGAUUCGGUAGUGAGCCUGAUCUUCGUUACUCGCCAAAGGAGCAUUUGCAUCAAAAUCAUCGUGGCCACAAUCAAGAGACGCGUCAAAGCUCGUAUUACCCGGAGAGAGAAUCGCGGGAACGGGAGAGUCGUUAUCGAGGAAAAAAAAAGUACAAAGCACCAGCACCGCCUGGAAACGGUGAUGGUUCGUCGCCGGAUUCGUACAAGUGGGAAAUUGGCCAAGAGGGUGAGAACCGCGGAGAGGACGAGACGAUACAGGCUCCGCCUCGGAAAUCACGACUCUUCAAAACCCGGGCGGAAAGUAAAAAGGCGCAGAGCAAUUGGCAAAACGGUGUGCAAGAAAACGAGAGUCUUUUGGAACACGAAAGAAGGUGGAGAAACGAUAAAUCCUCGAAGGAAAAUCGUUGCGCAUGGCGAGACAGUGCUGAGCAGGAAAAUUGGUUGAGAGACGAAAAAAGAAGAUCGAAAAAGUACGACGGCAAAAACACUCUUCAGAGAAGUCUUAGCAGUCCCGAAUUUCAAGCCGAACUUAUGCAAGUCGCCCGAAAAGUUCGUAACAAGUUGAAUUACAACAGGCGAGUCGGUCCGAUCGGAGCUGCCACUAUUAUCUCAGCUGAGCCAAAAAUCGAGCUCAGAAAUCCGUCGAACGGUGUUUCUCACAGAGAAGAACGUAAAAAUCCACGCUCCAGAGCCGAGGAACGUCAGGAUGAUCGUCGGACGGAGAAAAGAAAACCGCGGAGUGUCGAAGAACCUUUUGAUCGUCGACGAGAAGAGCUCAGAUCUUCGGCUCGUUUCCACGACGAAAGGAAUCGAAGCAAACACGAAAAUCGACCGCUAAAAGAAAUUCGGGGAUACGAUAACGAGAGAAUCGAUAAUUCAAGAAUUGAAAACUCGAGAAUCGAUCAUGGAAGAACGCGGGAGAGAAUUGAGGAACGUAUACCCGAAAAUUCACAUCGAAGACGAAUUAUUGAAAAAUCUUACGUUUACGAAGAGAGAAUCACUUCGAAUGGCACCGGCGAACUCAUAUCCGGUCGAAAAUCCCACAACGAGAGGCUCGAGAUCGUUGGUAAUUCGAUCGAGGAUCGACACAGACGUGAUUUUAAUUCGAGAAACCGCCACGAGACGAACGAACGUACGAGAAAUCACAAAUCCGAAGAUCUUCUCGAGCAACCAAGAACCAGAUCGGAAAGUCCUGCUCUGAGAAAUUGUCGCGACCGACCGGACGUCAGAGGUCAAGGCUCCGGUAGAGAAAGCACUCCUGAACCUCCUCGUGGCAGAGAAAAAAAUAGCGACCAUCGAAAACGUCGCAACGAUACGAAGGACGAAACUUUUGGCAUUAAUGAAAAAAGAUGGUCCAACAAUAAUGCCAAAAUUAAUGGCGAAAUCUCGAAUAAAAAUAAUACCAAACUUACGGAGAGUAAAGAGUCGAGAGGAAAAAAUUGGAACGGAUUGCCUCCGAGUGGCAAAACCGCUCCGAAAACGUAUUACUUCAGUAUCGAUGACGGUUUGUCGCGGGAUAUUAGAGAGAACGAGAACAGUCAGCAAGUAGAUCAUUCACAAACGGAGCUACAAAACAGAGAUUCGAAUAACCCGGUGCAAAACAUACAGAGUCGAACGGAUAAUAGUAAAAAUCAAAACGGUGUCGAAGACAUUGCGCUGAAGCUUCGUCCCACGCUGCCAAAGAAGCAGCUCGAGAUCCCAAGAUUUUCACCAUCCGCAGCGUGGAGAUUGUUGUCAGCCUUGGAGACUCCUGGACCGACAAUGAGCACAGCCAGCGAAGAAGUACCGGUAAUGUUCGAGGAACGAAUAGAACGUUUAGCGAGGCCACCUCCUCCUCUGAUAGCUCUUGGUCCGCGAAGUUCUCACGACAAAUCCGGAGACUCCGGAAUAUCAGGAGACGCAGGUGCGGCCAACGACGAUUCGCUGGACGUUAGUACGACGAAUCGAUUGAAAACGGUAGUGUCGUCAUCGAGACCAGCGUGGACACCGCAGCAGGAUUUGGGAGAAGAGUCGAGCAGCGACGCCGGAGUAGAUUCCCCGCCGCCGAUGCCACCACCGAUGAAAUUUCCACCGAGGCCCCACGUUUUUUCGCUCUCAUUGCCACGCGAUGAAAAUCGUUUUUAUUCGGUAGACGCGAAAGCAACGAAGGAUAAUUCUUCGUUCAAUUCACUCCAAAAACUGAAGAGAUCAGUUUCAGGCGCCCUGGGACUUGCUCCGAAUGAGAUCGAGGAACGAAAACGUCCUGGUGAGAACCUCGGUGAAAAUUGGCUGCUCUCGACCAGUGCACCGAAUUCACUGCAACACAGCAAAAGCAAUAAUCAUGAGAGUGGAGAAAAUUCAACUCCCAGCUGGGAAAAUAAUUAUUCUCCUGUCGAAAAUGACGAGGAAAUUGAGGAGAUCGAGGACAACGAGGACAAAACCGAUUUUCCAAUGCUCAUGAAACCCCCUUCUUUCUCUUAUCUCGCUUCCGGUGGACACGUCAUGUAUCUCCCAGAAACUAACGACACGGAGCAUCGAACGCAGAGCCUGAAUUAUCGAAAUUCUGCCAACGAAAUAGGUAACUCGAAAUAUCGUAAAAACUCCGAUGACUCGAGGCUCCCCAACAAGAUUGGCUCUUUCGGUAUUAACGGCAUCAGCAUCAACGGCGGCAUCAGAGACAUGGCAAUUCAUCGUGAGCGUUCUUUCACCGACAUUGGACCAAAGUCUCGCAAAUAUCCAAACUUUUUCAAAUCUUGUGAAAAUAUCUCGGAGAUGAGACAACGAAGCGCCUCCCCUGUUCAUCACGGACCUGAAAGCCUUCAAGAUCCUAAAACCGAGUCUCCCCCUAAUGCGAAAAAUAAUAACGCGAAAAAUCAAAAAGGUAAAAGAUUCACUUUCCAAUCCACCGUUCGACAAAUCGAGAGACGAAGACUCGCCGAAAAAUUGUCACGCGAAGCUGAAGCCAAAGAGCGACAGAGAAAAAGUGAACUCGAAGUUAUGCGCAAAGUUGAAGAGGAAUUCCAACGCAAACGAGCCAGGGAAAAAGCCAAUAUUAGGCAGCAGCUGCGACUUUAUACUAUGGAUGAAAAUUCAAGCAGUUUGCCUCCGGCUUGGGACAGCUCACAGUUAUCCCGUGCGGAUCCGGACGGCGCACCUUCGUCCUCAGCAUCUUCGCCUACCUCAGCACCACCUGGAAAAAUGGCUAAUCGUAAAAACAGCAUUGGCAGCGAUGAAUAUCAGCAUAGAAAACGCGUUUCCGAAUCACGAGCUCAGCAACAACAACAACAACAACCUGUGCAACAACGAGAAUACAAAGAUUACAGGCCAAAGUACUACGACUGGGCACCCGAUUCCUCUUCUCAUUUGGACGCCAAACAAACCACCGUCCAUCCAAAAGUCGUUUAUGACAUUCCAAAAAGCUCUCACGUUUUCGUUGAUGCCAAUAUUCACACCGCCAAACCAGCGAACGUCAUUUCUACGCCAAGAUCUGACAAUUACAGCGAAUUUAGAAGAAAAAUUUUGUCAUUCGACAGGAAGGACUUUGCGCACGGUGCUGUAGCUGGAAAAUCUUCGUUGGCUAGUAGCGACAGUGAAUUGUCGCAGCCAAACACGAGACCUCAUUCCCGCCAAAAUGGAAAUAAAUGCAAAUCCUUAAGAUCCAGAUCCGUCAGCCCAGCCCGAAGCGAAGGAGCCGGAUGCGAGGAGAGCCCCGUCGAAGCGAUAAAGCAAGAGAGAAACACGUCAACGAAUGGUUUCAUGUUGAACGGAGUACAGCCUUUCGUCAGAGAGAAGAGCUAUCGUCCAAUAGCCUUUAAACCUCGACCACCGCCGCCAAUACCGAGCUAGAAAUCACCAUUUAAUCCUAAUUUAAUUUCGAUUAACGACUAUUAAUCGAUUUUCAUUAGUCAAUCGUGCUCGAUUUGAUCGAGCUUUCAGGGUCCAGUGUCCAGACCUAUUUUCUUUCAAUUUUUAAAAUAUGCGCUUCCAACGAGACUUUCUCGUGUCUAAACAUUAAUAUAUCCUUUCUCAACUAGUUUUCUAAUAUCUAACGAAGAGUAAUCCUUAUUAAUAUAUAUCCUAGUUUCAAAUUUAUACUCUUUUUCAAUUUUGCAAUUUUUUUGUGCAAUUUUUUUAUCUUACAUUGCAUGUGUACAUACAACUCGAAAAAUGGCAUCGAAAUUCUUCCGUAGUUAAAAGAUUCUGAAAAAAAUUAUACACACACAUAAUUACAGUAUUUGUAGUUGAGAUUGUAAAGCGAAGUUUUUUUUAUACGUAUUUAUAACUCUCGAUUGUAAAUUAAUCAUUCUAACUUUUUAACCAAAUGUGUUCCGUGCGAGUAUCCAAUUUCGCCGAUGUCUGUGGAUCGCGAAUUUUGGAGGGGAUCGUUAAAUAAGUAAAAUUAAUCAUGAAAAUAACGAAACUCAAAAUCGAACCGAAGAUUCGCAGUUUACUUGUUUUCAAACUCGAUCACAGUCCAGGAUUUCCAUUAUUCGUAAUCAAUUAUGCCGUUUAUGCGAUACUAAGGCUGGUUUAGGGACAGUAACUUCUUUUUCUAUUUUUCUUUUUUUCUUUUUUUCCUUUUUUGUAAUUAUGUACAGGGAAUUUGUCAUACGGAAUUUGCUCAUGUAAUUUAAUUAAAUAAAUAUGUUGUUACAAAAAUAA